AUGUCGACUGGAAUAAAAAACGCCGGUUUCCUUUUGGGGUACCACUCCAUUCCCGAGCCGAUCAAUGCAGCCAUUAUCAACGUUCCUCUCCAUCGUCUGAAAGAACUGUUUCCCGGCAUUCAACGCUCUACAGCUAUGGCUGUCAUGUUUUCCUACCACCCAGAUAGCCCAUCCAAGCGAAGAGUCUUGUUGAUUAAGCGAAACGGCAAGGAAAGCUCAUGGGGUAAUACCUGGGAGACAGGAGGAGGAACUCCAGACGAGGAGGACCCGACCAUCAUCCAUUCCGCAGCCCGAAAAAACGGGGAGGAGACGCAAAUUUGGCCUUCGAGAAUUGCUGGCAAUGCUUUCACGUGUUCUUUCUAUCACAGGGAUAGAAAAACCGGCAAUAUAGUCCUCAUGCGCACGCUCGGAUUCAUCAUAAUCGACAAUGAAGAGACGAUGGCGCAACGAGUCUGGUCCAGCGAGAUGAAACAGCCGGUCGGCCAAAGUUCCGUUGAGAUCAGUGAUGAGCAUCUCGACCAUUGCUGGUUCACUGAGGACGAAGUUCGCAGCGCUGCUCUAUACGAGCAAGCCACUUCACAGGACCCAUUAGCUAUGCUUCUGGCCAAAAGGGACAUGGUUUUACUUGCCUUUGAGCUGUUCAGACAAUCCCAACGCGAGAAAUGGCCAUCUUCAAUAGAUAUAGUGCGCUAG